CACAGCCUUACCCUCACGCUGCAGGUUGCUGUAUGUGUUGGUGUCAAACGCAAGUUGUAUCAGACUGAGCUUUUUGUUUUAACUUUUGAAAAAACAUUUAGUUGGUGUAAAUCAGCGCCAAAUACGCUAACGGUUAACUGUCAAACAUUUUAUUUGCGUCUAGUGUCUUCUGUUUGCUAAUAGCGUGCUAACAAAUUUAAGUGUUUAUUGAACCUUGUCGAGCAAAACAUGCAGCAAUAGUUGUUUACUUUAGCAAUAGCGAUAUCAAUAGUUUCUCUGCAGGACCUGGAGAAAACUUCUGAAGGUGUGAUGAUGGAGAAACCUACAGAGGAAAACACAGCUGGAGUGAUAAAGGGUGAAGCGUCACUCAAACCUGAGUUUUUAACAACCAAAGAAAGAUUUCAUGAGUUUGUGGACUCUGAGUGGCAGGGUUCAAAAGGAGAAAAGGUCAGCAAUGACGUCACACCUGAGGAGGUAAAGGAAUCAUCUGUGGAGGAACCUGAAGCUAAAAAGGUCAAGCUGGAUGUUGAUGAGAGGAAUAAGAGCAGGAAACAGGACAAUAAACGGCUUCGAGGUCAGAAUAAGUCGAGACCACAUACGAAACCUACAACCUACGAUGAAAGACGGCUUUGUCUGUCAGUCAUUCAGGACAAUAGAGAAUGUCCUUUUGGGGAAAAAUGCCACUUUUCCCAUGAUGUUGCCGAGUACAUGGCCACCAAACCUGCUGACAUCGGAGACAGCUGCUACCUCUAUGACACAUUUGGAAAAUGUUCUUUCGGCCUCUCCUGCCGUUUUGCCAAAGCUCACACUACACCUGACUUCAAAACCUUGGAAAAAGCAGAUCUAGUUAAAACCUAUGAGGGCAGGAACCUGGUGAAGAACAUACUAAGUAAAGACCUUCAGAAUCGACUGAGGAAGCGUUCAGUGCCUUUCAAAAAGUCUGCAGAGUAUCUGAAAACACUUUCCAAGGACAGAGACAAGAAUGACAAGAAGCAGAAUGGUGAUGCUUGUGCAGCUGAAGCAUCUGAAGAUGGAACAGAAGAGAAACAAAAUGUGUCUACUGAUGCUGAAACACAGACAAACUCAGAGAAACAGGCUCCAGAGAAAACUGUUGGUCCAUUGACUGAUACAGACAUCAUCAAGUUGAGGAUGUGUGAAAAGAAACAGGUCGAUUUUAAAGACAAGCUGUACCUCGCGCCUCUGACAACUUGUGGAAAUCUGCCUUUCCGGCGUAUCUGUAAGCGGUUUGGUGCAGACAUCACCUGCGGGGAAAUGGCCAUGUGCACCAACCUGCUACAGGGGCAGCAGUCGGAGUGGGCUCUGCUGAAGAGGCAUGAAAGUGAAGACAUAUUUGGAGUUCAGGUGGAAGGUUGCUUCCCUGACACCAUGACGAGGUGUGCAGAGCUCAUCAACAACAACACAGACGUUGACUUUGUGGAUAUUAACUCUGGAUGUCCCAUCGACCUCGUCUACAAGAAGGGCGGAGGCUGUGGGUUGAUGACACGCACCAGAAAAUUUGAGCAGAUAGUCAAGGGAAUGAACUAUGUCCUUGACGUCCCGUUAACAGUGAAGAUCCGGACUGGUGUUCAGCAGGUGUCCAACAUAGCACAUAAACUCAUCCCAGAGAUGAAGCAAUGGGGCGUUUCUAUGAUCACAUUACACGGUCGAUCCAGAGAGCAGCGCUACACAAAGUUAGCCGACUGGGAUUACAUCUCCACCUGCUCCAAACUGGCCAGUCCUGUCCCACUUUUUGGUAAUGGAGACAUUCUGUCCUAUGAAGAUGCCAUGAGAGCAAGGGAUACUGGAGUUUCUGGUAUUAUGAUUGCAAGAGGUGCACUCAUUAAGCCGUGGAUCUUCACUGAGAUCAAGGAGAGCAGACACUGGGACAUUUCGUCCAGUGAACGUCUGGACAUCCUCAGGGAUUUCUCCAACUUCGGUCUGGAACACUGGGGCUCCGACACCCGGGGCGUGGAAAAGACUCGCACCUUCAUGUUGGAGUGGCUCUCCUUCAUGUGCAGAUACAUUCCUGUUGGGCUGUUGGAGCGAGUGCCUCAGAAGAUCAAUGAGCGACCUCCGUACUACAUGGGCAGAAACUACCUGGAGUCACUGAUGGCGAGUCAGAAUGUUGGGGACUGGAUCAGGAUUAGUGAGAUGCUGCUUGGACCUGUACCGAAGAAUUUCAACUUUUUGCCCAAACAUAAAGCCAACGCCUACAAGUGAUUUUCUGUUUCCUGAUACUACUAAGAGGGUUUUAUGUUGUGUGUUUUUAUUUGAUCUGCAUAUCAAGAUUUCAGGAUUUUUUUUUUUUUUUUUGCUUUUAGAUCAAUUAAGACUAUUGUCUGUUUUAUUUAACCUGUGGUUGUACUGUAGACACAUUCUGAAGUUUCUUUAUUUGGGUGCUUCUAUGAAAGUGGGUUCAUUUUGGUACCUGGCACUUUGACAGCUUUGUAGACCCAAUAAUAAAAGAGAAAUUAAGACAUACUUCCCCCCAGGAUGUACCUAA